GCUGUUGUUGCAUCCAUCAUGUCUGUCGAUCUCAAUCCGCACGUCCAGCUUGGUUUCCCUAGUGAGUAAGAGGCGGGCGGGAUGCGACAGUGAUUGACUUAGCCGCGGGAAGAGGUAGCAGGGAUGAGUCUCGCGAGCGGAUCGCUGUCGAUUGCGUUUUGCCAGCAGACACCAGCCGGGCUUCAGCUGCGCCUCGGUCAUGACUGGCUCAGCAAGUAGGGCGGACGAGUGCAAUCAUGUGCCUCGCUUCUCACGCUGCAUGUCCCACAAAUCCACUUCGCCAAUGGGCGUCUUUAGGAGGGGACUUUCUUUCGAGUGCUCCCAGGACGCUUCGACUCGCUGCUUCGGGGCGCGAAUCAGGAGCCGGCCGAUCGCUCUCGAAAUGGUCCUCAGAAGCUGGAGCGCAACAUUUGCGUGCAUGCGCAUGCAAGGGCCAGUCUAAAGGCAGAGCGGGAAAGCUCUUGCCACCUCACCCCUUCACGGGUCCUUGCGCUCCAAUUUGCUCGAGAUGUAGUCACUUUGGACCUCGCUGGUCGCUUGUUUUUUCUGGACGCAGGUGUAAAUACAGUAGUCUGACGUUGGACUCUCUUACACAACCAGGACCCUUGACGCAGCUCGUCAAGCGCUCUUUGCAAGUCUCGAACCCUCACGCUCAACCGGUGGCUUUCAAGGUCAAGACGACCGCACCCAAGCAGUACUGCGUGCGCCCAAAUUCGGGGAGGAUCGAGCCGGGAGAGAAGGUCGAAGUACAAGUCCUUUUGCAGCCUAUGAAAGAAGAACCACCUACCUCUGCCAAAUGUCGCGACAAAUUUCUGGUCCAGUCCACCAUCAUCACUCCCGAGCGCGAGACUACUUCUCUCAGCGAGCUUUGGGGAGUGGUAGAAAAGGAGGACAAGAGCGCAAUUCACGAACAAAAGAUUCGAGUUGCUUUCCUGCCUGCUGCCACUGCGCCCGUGCCAGAAGAGGAAGAGCAUGUCGGUAGUAACAUUUCGAACGGCGACGAGAAAUACAGCACCGUGCGUGGAACGCCUUCUCGCGCUGCCAAUGGUAGCUCUCCAGGAAAUGACGAUGGCUCCUUCUCUUCGCCUACUCAGGGCUCGACUUCUCCUGCCAAUGGCACGACAAACCCCAUUGCCGCUGCGCGCAGCGCCGCCGCUAACACCGACGGUGGCGCUCUGGCCGCCUCUCGCAACGCAGCGGUAGCAGCGGGCGGUGCGGCCGCCGCUGGAGCUGGGGCUGCUUUCGCUGCCACCAAGUCUGCUGGCUCUCGUGCGGUGGAGAAGACGCCCGCAGAAUACCAAAGCGAGAUCAAGCGACUUCAGCAGCAGCUCGAUUCCGCUACCAGGAAGGGAGCUCAACAAAUCCAGACCGCCAACUCCGAAGGCGUUAGCCUUCAGGUUGUAGGAGUUCUUUUGGUCGCUUCUUUCCUUCUUGGAGCCUACCUUCUUUAAGGGUAUGCACGCAGUGUCAGGUGUCGCGACAGCCUAGCAGAACCUCAGCGCUGCAUGGUAUGGCUGCAGCAUCUGACUGA